AGAAUGGGAAAGAUUUGAUUGAUUCCAUCAAACAAAACAAACCGUCUGAAUCGGAUUAUCCCGCCCCUUGGGUUUCUCCCUUUUUAAUUAUUUUCUUUGACCUUUUGGAUUGCAAUUAGGGUUCCUUUCUUCUUCUUCUACUACUAAAUUCUCUCUUCCAAGUUCCAUUUUUCUUUACUAUCCAUCAUCAGCUCAGAUGUCGGCCACCUUCUCCUCUUCUUCUUCUUCUCCCUCUUCUUUAUUGUUAUCUGAUCCUCCGUUCUUUUCGGCUUCAGCUUCUGCCGUUGUUGUUGCUGAUGCUGAUGGUGCUGGUGGUUCUUCAGGAGCCAUUCUCGUCGACUCUUUUGAGGACUGUUGCAGUAUAUGCCUCGAGCCUUUCACUUCUCAAAAUCCUUCUACUGUCACCAGCUGCAAACAUGAAUACCAUCUUCAAUGUAUUUUAGAAUGGUCACAGAGAAGCAAAGAGUGCCCAAUCUGUUGGCAGCUACUUGUCUUACAGGAACCCGCUUGCCAAGAACUUUUAGCUGCUGUUGAGACUGAGAGGCGUUUAAGGUCAAGGAACACACCUUCUGCUGCAUUCUCAAACCCGACUCGUUUUCAUGAGGAUAUUGAUGUAGAACAGGAUUCCUACUCGGAUGAUUCUGAUUUUGAUGAGCGUAUUAUGCAACAUCUAGCUGCUGUUGCUAGCAGGGCCCGUUAUAUUUGCAGAAGGGAGAGGCAGAGAUCUUCUGGACAGGGUCCCUCUCGGGCUCUCAUCUUUCCUUCUCCUACCAAUGAACCUAGUGCUCAGCAAACACACACCUCUGCAGUAGAAGGCCAAGAUGUAUAUUAUGGGUCAUCACGGGGAAAUUCAGCAACUUCUCUUUUGGAAUCACAAUCUCUGCCAUCUGUGGACACUGCUGUCAGCAAAGAUGUUUCUUCUAAACCCAGAGUUUUUCUUAGACCGCCAUCAACUGUUGCUCCCCAAACAUCAUCUGAAGGGUUAUCUUUCUCGGAGUCUAUGAAAUCUAAAUGGGUUGCUGCUUCAUCUAGAUACAAGGAAUCCAUCUCUAAAAGUACGCAAGGUAUAAAGGAGAAACUGCUUGCACGCAAUAAUUCAGUUAAGGAGCUCAGCAGAGGAGUGCAACGGGAAAUGAGUGCAGGAAUUGCUGGUGUUGCGCGAAUGUUUGAGCGGCUUGAUCUUACCCCAAAACGAACAGGAGCCUCCAGUCCUGUUUCUGGUUGUAGGGAAGGAACUUCAGAGCUCUCCUUGAAGGGAAAAGGCAUGCAAGAGAAUACCAUUCUACAGGCACUCAACAAGAAAAGUGAGGAAGUCCCUUGUGCUGCAAGUAUGGAUGUGCCUUUGCAUGUCUCCUACAAUGUCCAAGGCCGAGUGGAAGUUCACCAUGAACAGAGAGAUCAUUGAUGACGGAGAGGUUAAACCUGGCUGCCUAACUGCAUUUUAAUUUGUUUAUAUAAGAAGAGGGCAAAUAAUGCAAGUGACGUGCUCUGAAGAAACCAAUCUGCUUGUUGGUUUGCGUCCUGCAUUGGCCUAUUUAUGACUGUUCAGCGAACAAAGUGUGUUGUCUUUCAUUAGGCUGAACUUUGAAGAUAAUUCUAGCACUCUUACUUCUGCUUUUUCGGGUUGCUUGUAAUCCAAUUACUAAGGUUGCACAAUUCUGCUCGAUUUGAGAGCGUAGAUGCAUCUCCCAUUUAUAUUAUGCCAUGUUAUUGCGUUGAUUACAUAAA